AGUUAAUUGGUAGCUUUCCAUCCCUAGUCUCACGCUUGAGAAUAAAAAAAAAAUGGAGAUCAAGACUGCCAACGGGAAUGCUUCCGAUGAAUAUUGAGCAAAAUUUCCCAGAGAAUCAAACUGCAGACAAGCAACAAUUAGAUCAGCCUGGAGAUGCUGAUGAAUUUCUACAGAGUUCGAUCGUUGGAAAGCAGCCGCAGGCGCUGAUGGAGCAACAACCAGACACAAGCAGCAAAAAGGCGCAUGAACAUCGGGAAAUGAAGUCCUAUGUGGUGCGUGGUGGAACUUGGAGGUGUAUAGAUACUCUUCCAGAGGAAGAAAUGAUACCUUCAGAUCCUUCACCCAAGUCUGAUGGCAUUGUUCAAACGGUGAUGCUUGUUGGUUUUACUCGGACUAGUGAAAUGGAAGGAGAUUGUUUCGGCCCUGAUGAAAGCCAGCAGUGCAUACGAUGCAUCCCACCAGCAGCUCCAUCCAUGCAUACCCUCCAAUUCCCAUAACAAGUUGCUUGAGAUGAGAGCAAGAAUUUACUGCAACAGCACCAAUGGUCACCAAUCCGUCGCUCACCGAAUUACAUGAGAGGAAUCAGAUUCCCAUUCAUUCGCAGUUUAUUUGUUUGUAGACAGAUUCUGAAAUGAGCAUACAGGUUCAUUUGUUCUAUCACCUUAGCAGCAGUUACCCAUCUCUAGAAAUCAGAUUCCCACGUACAACAAUAAAACAAAACCCCAUAAAUUUCCACCAUGAAAACCCCGGCUUUGAUAAUAUAGGUGCUCAAGAUAC